AUGGUGGCUUCUCCUGGUUUAUCGUACCUCAUGGAGGUUUACGUCGGCACACCGCCAGUCAAACAAAUGAUGUACGCGGACAUGGGGUCCAGCGUGUCAUGGAUUCAGUGCCUUCCAUGUGAGAAUUGUUUCCAUCAAGAUCUACCCAUAUUUAAUCCUUAUGCGUCAGCAUCAUCUCAAAUAUUGCUAGAUUCUGAGCAUGAGUGUAUGUUAUUAGAAGACAAACGUGAUUUAACUAAAUCAAAUGGAGUAUGUAACUAUGCUUUCGGUGGCAAUUCAUAUACCCGUGGGGUACUAUUUAAGGAAACUUAUACACUUGGGCCCAGUUCCAUCACUCACGUUGCUCUAGGGUGCGGGCAUAACAAUGUAGGACUAUUUGAGCAACAGUGCACCGGUUUACAUACUGCCUACUGCCUAGUAUCUGAUCAAUUCGGUUCAAACCCAGAUGCAAGGACUAGUAAGAUUAGCUUUGGACAUAGUCCGGAAGGGACUAUUUCCACCAGGUUGUGGAAGAUGCAAGACAAUCCAAACUAUUAUAUCUUAUUGAAAUCAAUCAUCAUUGGAGAUACAGUAAUUCCAAUGGGAGGACUAUCCGCUAACUUCAUGUUGGACACAGGCUCUACUCUAAGCUAUUUGCCCACCAAAGCGUAUCAAAUAUUGGUGUAUGCAUUAAGAAACAUGAUUGGUAAAAAACCAUUAAAUGUUCGUAAUGAAUAA